AUGGAUAAAAGUUUUCAAAGUCCUAUCACCGUAAAGAGUCCGUUUUCCCCGAGGUCUCGUCAAAGUUACAGUGCGAAGAGAGUCUUGCCGGCCAGUUUUAGAAAGUCUUCGCGACUAAGCGUUUCAGGAAAAUCUACCCAAUCUGUUCAAAUUGUAUUGAAAUCCACCAACAAUUAUGUGGAAAGGUUUGGCCAAUCCUUACCCGUUCUAAUUACAGAAGCUUUAACAUUUGCUGAGAGAAAUGUAGUAAUCUCCGCUAGGAUAGCAGAUUGUGGUUACGCUUGGGUAGUGUGUGGACGAAGAUUACUCAUUUGGCAAUACAAACAAAUUUUAAACAUACCCGGAACUCCUCAAAAAAAGCACGCCAACCUCAAUCACUGUUUCGAAUUGCAAUUACCACAAAGCGAUUUGGCCCACAGAGCUGAAUUAGUGUCCGUUUUUAUCGCCACCGGCUCCAACAUUCCCUCGUGCAUAGCAGUUUCACCCGAAGGAGUGCUUAGAUAUUGGCCAGCGAUAGUACACGAAGGAGUAACGGUGGAACAAAGCAUCGAUCUUCAAGGACAAGAAUGCGAUAGCUUAACAAACGUCGAAGGUUUAGGAUGCGUUUUAGCCACCACUACUUGCACGAUAGUUUUAGUACAGCCGCAAUUAGUAAGCGGUAGGCACGGGUUGCAAUGCAGGCCCCUCAAAACCCCCAGCGGUUGGUUCGGCGGGAUCAGCAGGAGAAUGUCAUCGUUGAUAUUCGGCCCCAUUUCCACAGAACAAUCCAACGAAACGAGGCUCGUUAGAAUUUUGAGUACGAAGGACGCGGAUCAGAAUUGGAUUAUUUACGUGCUGGCCGGUCAUUCCCUUCAGAAAUGGAUGUUAUCUAAUUACGAAACGGACCAAUUGAUGUUUAUGGUAGAUUUAACUAGAAUCGUGAAAGAGAAAUUCCACAGUGUAGUAUGGAGCGCCAGCAACACAUCGGAAACUAACGCUUGGUUGUUUGAUAUCGAAAACAUCGAUACUUGGUUACUAGACAUUCAAUCCGAUAAGGAUAAUGUAAUAAUCCUAGCCGCUGCUUUGAACAACCAAGUAUCUCCUAAGGUUCAUUACGCGAUGAUUUCCUUCACCACGCAAGGCCCAACGCCGUUGAUUAAAGACUUUGUGCUGCUACUAAUGUCGGGUUUCUAUCGAGAAGACAAUCACGAAGCGCUUUCGUACAGAUUUUUAAUAUGUGGAACGAGCGCUUAUCUCUACAACGCCAGAUCGAUCACGGUGGUCAAGCCGCAAGAAGAACCGGACGUGCUGGAGUUCACUUCUUCGCAAGACGUGCUACUAGGCGGAUCGAUAUGCGUCAACACGCCGGUAUUUUUUUCGAGAAUCAACGGACUCAUAGCCGUAUGCAGCAACGAUCAAAUAUCGGAUAUUCCAAAUCAGAGUCUACCGGUCGAAGUGUCUUUCAAUGAAACCCACGCGGCUAACAACCUCAGUAUUUACACCAUGGAACCCGAAGAGAUCUACAACGCGUACAAAGACACCUUCAGUCAGUUGAAAGCCGCGUUUAUUUUCCACGUUAAAAACGAAAGAGCGGCUUCUCAGGAGAUUUUGAACGAGUUGUUCCCGUCCGAUAGCUACGCAUCUCCUAGCAUCAACAGCGUUCUGGACAAGGAAGCGUUGAAGAUGUGCAAGACUCUGAUCGAUGACAUACCGGCCGGCGAUCCCCGUUGGGUUAAAGGCUCCAUGCCCGGCAUAGGGAGUUCGUCUUCGAUGCAAGUCAUCCAUCAAUUGGAGGACAAACAGCGGGCGAUGUCGUUGCUGUUGAAGUUUCUGAAAGAGGCUGGUUUGUGGGGCAAGCUGUCCGGCUGCGUCGUCAGGAAUACCACGAUGGCGACUGUACAAGUAAUAGGGGAAUUUAUGGAGAAGAUAAUCGCUGCUAUUGUAUUGAAAAGUCUGCCGAGCAAUGUUCUAAUAGAAAAUGCCAUGGAGAAGAUCGUUGCGAAAAUGGACGACGAUCACGGAGCCAGCCUGACGAAUCAGGAUAUUUUCUAUAGGAAAAUUAGCAACGUACACGCCAUUGUUCAAGAAUUGGCCAAUCGUUGCGAGGAAACUGUUCAUUCGGACCAAAAUCCUGUUCAAGUGGCCCAAUGCGUGCAUGACACCAACGACAUUCUUUUAGCGGUACUGAAUGAAGUGGUACAAUAUCGUAACCAAAAUUGCAACAAUUUUCAACCCAGCGAGGCUACAAAGUCCUUGGAAUUGGAAUAUUUACCAUGGACAAUUGCCAGCGGUGAAGAUGGUGUCUUAGAUGCUCUAUUGCAACAACAUAUAAUGACGUACAAUUAUGGAUUAAAAUUGGUGAAUCUAGGCCAACUACGCAAUUCGUUGUUAGAUCAGUUCGUAGCCCUUACGGAUCUUCUAUUAGACGGAAGGAAAAGUCAUAUUGAGAGCGUUAAAAAGUCGACUAGAGAGAACAUUUUAUACCGGCAAUAUUGCACUGAUAGGCACAAAUUUAUUCAACCUUUAGUGAACGAGAAGGAAUACGAAAGAGCCAUGCUAUUAGCCGAGAAAUACUUGGAUUUCGAAACCUUGCUCAUAAUUUGCGAAGCGACCAACAAUCAAUCGCGCCUCGACGAAUACAUGGACCGAUUCAUCGACGAGGGAUUCUCCGAAUACGUUUACAAUUGGUUCAUCAAGGAAAACAAACAGGGGAAAUUGAUAGACAUGUACAGAAAAACGAACAAAACUAAAAAUUUGCAAAAGCUCUCCAACUUCCUCUCUGCCCGGCCUUCUAUGUGUUGGAUGCAGCAAGUGUUCGAUCGGAAGUUUUCCCUAGCCGCGUUAACUUUGUAUAACUUUGCGCAAGUGGAAAAAGAGUCUCUCACGCGUCAAAAAACUGUACUGAGUCUCAGCAAGCUAUCGAAACUGGCCGGAAUAACGACCAGCGAUACGGAAAACUUCGUAGAAAACGUCAAUUCGCGUUUGGAUCUCAUCAAUUACCAGGAGGAAUUGCCCGACUACGUUUUGCAGCAGUUCGGUUACGAAACGGUGAGACCGAGAGUAAUCGAACCGCACGAUUUGAUCAGCCUGCACGUUUGCGAGGAGUAUUCGGACGCCACCGAGCUGGAGUUCAAGAAAGCCUUGGACAUAUUGAAUUUCGUCGACGACGAGGAUCUCAAGGAGAAGUUGCAUUUGAAGAUUUGGAGGAAGGCCAUUCUGAGGGAUUCGUGGAACUUCACAAACUUGGAUUCGCCGUUGGAGGUUUUGAAUAUGACGCUGUUUUUUAAAAUUGUCGAUUUGCUUUUGGAUAUUGGCGUUAGUCCGCAAAUUCUUCUACCGCCGAUGAACGUUUUAUUGGAAGAUCCGGAAUUACAGGAAUUGCAGGAUAAUCCAAAUUUUUUGUUUUUAAUUAAGACUGCCUACGAAUACGUUAAUCGAAGCCAAUCGAUGGAUGAAUAA